ACAUCGUCAGUCCGCCACUGUCGUCGAUCCGCGACCGUUCGAUAGCGCUCGUGCGUCUCUCUUAUUGCUCCGCGCCGUGUCUCAGUGGUUCGCGUUAUCGUAGUUUUUUUCACCGACGACAUAAAUAUUAUAUUAUUUAUUAUAUUGUAAUAAUAAAAUAACAUUUGUAACGUAAAUUAUUAUUGUUGAAAAAAAAUAUUUUUCACUCUUUUAUACGAUUUGUGUGCACAUGAAUUAUAUUAUAUCAUAUUUAUUUACCUCUCGUCCAUUAAUCGUGCAGUGUAAUUAAUUAAUUUUAUACCUAUAUAUCUAUAUUAUUUAUUUAUUACUUGUUUAAAAGUGCGUUUUUAUCGUCUACGGGUGUUUGCCGACUCCGCGCCCGAUUAUCAAUCGUUGUAGUUAUCGUCAUUAUCAAUAAUACAAAAUAAUAAUAAUCGAUCGUGUGCCGCCGUCAUCACUGCAUUUCGCGAAAGUGUUUGUUCUCUGCGAUGCGUUGCGUUCCACGUACUCGCGUUCCGGACAACGUCUAAGUCGGCGGGAUAUUCGCCGCGUGUUCCGAGAAUAUAACGAAAUAUCAUUUUCGCGCACACAAGUGUCGCGUCCGUUAUCAGUGCGCUGUGCGACGACGACGACCAUGCGGUACCGGUGGUGUCUGUAUUGCAUCGUAUGCAUCAUCACAUUCGUCGUUACAAACGUGGGUUGCAAUGGCGUGUUCGAACUGCGGAUAAAAUCGUUCAGCAAUGAGCUGGGCCGAGAAGCUUCGGGUCUGUGCUGCGGCGGUGUGUGCGGCACGCCAUGUCGGACAAAGUUCCGGGCGUGCCUGAAACAUUACGAGACCAACAUAAACGUUAACUCCACGUGCACGUUUGGUGACGUCGUCACUCCCGUGCUCGGCGAGAACAGUCUGACUCUACCGGCCAACGCCACGCCAAUAGCGUUCCACUUCAAUUUCACAUGGCCGGGUACGUUCUCACUCAUCGUGGAAGCGUGGCACGAACCGUCGUCGGCGAGAAAUUCAGGAACGACCAACGGUUCUGCUCUGAUCACUCGGAUCACGGAUCAACGAUUCCUAAAACUCAGCGACGGAUGGGUACAACAGGAGUACGCCGGAUCGACCGGCGGCGUCCGUUCGCGACUCGUAUACGAGCACAGGGUCCGAUGCGAGGACAAUUAUCACGGCGAUGGGUGCGCCAAAUUUUGCCGGCCUAGGGAUGACAACUUCGGACAUUAUCUGUGCUCGGACGACGGCGACAUGAUAUGCAUGCCAGGCUGGACGGGCAGCUAUUGCAGCAAAGCAAUCUGCGCACCUGGCUGCGACGAGAAAAAAGGAACGUGCAUGACUCCAGGAACCUGCCAAUGUCACGCGGGCUGGACGGGAGCCAGAUGUGACCAGUGUCAGAUAUAUCCGGGUUGCGUGAAUGGUUAUUGCCAAAAACCGUGGCAGUGUUUGUGCAAAGAAGGAUGGGGUGGCAUGUUUUGCAACCAGGAUUUGAACUACUGCACCAACCACGCGCCAUGCAAGAACGGCGGCACGUGCUUCAACACGGGACAGGGCCUGUACACUUGCUCAUGCGCCCCCGGAUAUUCAGGUCCCGAGUGCAACGUCGACUUGGGACUGUCCAGCAAACCAGGAAUGGACUGUUCCACCGGACUAACAUGCCUCAACGGCGGCACGUGCAAGAAAACCGGAUCCGUCUCUAGCUGCGCGUGUCCCAGCCAAUGGAAGGGCGUCAGAUGCGAGACAUCCACGCAGCCGGCUUGUACGAGUUCGCCGUGUGGAAACGGUGGCACUUGCGUCAACACCGCUAAAACCAACAACAACGGAACCGGAACCGGUAGCAACAACAACAACAACAACAACGGCAACGGGUUCGUGUGCCAUUGCCCGAUCGGUUUUUCCGGACCGACCUGCCACCAGACGACCAACCACUGUCAGCCGGACCCCUGCCGAAACGGGGCGACGUGCGUACCAAGCAAAGACAGUUCCAGCUACACUUGCAAAUGCGCGCCUGGGUUCGCGGGGGCCCACUGCCACUUGCCCGACCACUGCCAAAAGAACCCUUGCCUGAACGGAGGGACGUGCCAGGCGCAAGCCGAUGGUUACCGGUGCCAGUGCGUGCCCGGGUACGUCGGCGACCUAUGCCAGAGCGUGGUGGACUAUUGCGUGGCCAAGCCGUGCGCCAACGGCGGUACGUGCGAGAACCUGAAGAACGACUUCCGGUGCGCAUGCCGGCCCGGGUUCGGCGGCAAAGACUGCAGCCGGUACGUCAACGAGUGCGUACAGUCGUCACCGUGUGCAAACGGCGGAACGUGCGUGACCACCGGCGGAGGAGGCGACGGAGGUUUCAGGUGCGAGUGUCCAGCCGGUUACACGGGUGCCAAUUGCACGGACGAACGGCCGACCACGCUGGGCGACCGGUCCAAGCACGUGUCCGCGGUGGUGCAGGAGCAGCCCGAGAUGGUGCAGGCGUCCGUCAACGGCGUGCUCAUGGUGGUGCUGUCCGUGUCCGUGCCAGUGGCCGUGCUGGCCGCCAUCGCGGUGGUGCUGUGCAUGAAGAACCGCCGGCGCCGCGACCAGAAGAAGGCCGACGAGAACGCGAGAAUGCAAAACGAACAGAACUCAAUACACAGCGUGGCCAAGCUGGGCGACCCUCACGUCAUCAGAAACUCGUGGGACCCGCUGCCGGCCGCGGCCCGAGAAAACGUGUACUCGGAACCGCUGUGCUUCGCCGCGCCCAACAAGAUGCAGCAGCAGCCGUCGCUGACGCCGGCCCAAUCGUCGUCGUCGCUGCAGAGGCAGAAGCUGCUCAACACCGACAGACAAAACCGGAUGUCGUUCAAGGAACAGGACGCCAUCAACGCGUUGGACCGCAGAAUAUCGGUCAUAUCGGUCGACUCGGCCGCCGUCAACCAGUGCAACAACACAAAUAACGAGGUAUCGCCCGUCAAAGCUCACCACCACUAUCAUCGCAACAUACACCAGCAGCUUCAGUACGAAAGAGCGGCCGUGAAAUCGAUGAUUUUAGACCAACACUCUUUCGCCACACAAGUUUAGACUGUUUAUUAAGUUAUAUAUAUUAUAUAUAUAUAAAUAUUUUUUUUAAGUAGACUUCUUGAUGAAUCUGUCAGUCCAUUUUUUUUUUUUGACCCUCUCAAUUUGUAUACACACUACACACACACACACACACACACUUCGAAAAUGACUGGCUUACGCCAUAAUAUUACGAUUAGACUACAUAUACAUAUAUCUAUUUCUCUAACACCCUCAUCUAAUUCCGCCAUACCCCCACUAACAUUAAUAACUAUUAUCCCCUCUCCGCCGUCGUUAAAAGAAAAAAAUUUCGACAACUGAAAAAAAAAGAAAUGUAUUCUAAUCUCAAUCAAUAUAUCUAUUUAUAUAUAUAUGUAUAUAUAUAAUAUACCCAUCAUAUUAAAAAUUAAAAAUAGAGCCAGGGUGAUGAUCUCUAAGGCGUUGUGAUCGUUUUGUUGUUGUUAAUCAUAUAAUUAUAAGUAUUAUUAUUAAUUUAAUUAAUGUGUCGAACAAAAAAAAAAAAAAACAUGUUCCUGUUAUUUAAUCCCUAAGUCAUUAUUUUGUAGUUUUUUAUACGACUUUUUUUUGUGCGAGUCUUUAGGACGAAUUAUUUGUUAAACAUUAAUGUAAUAAUUAAUUAAAAGUAAAAGCGUUGUCAGACGCGUAUUAUGGUAUAUAUAUUAUAUAUAUAUAUAUUACACGCAUUAUACAUAU